AUGUCAGCACGGCCCCAGAUCCAUUCCACUAUCCUUUUCAUUGGUCAGGUGCCCUACGACUGGGACGAGGCUACCAUGAACUCUGUAGUAUGUGGCUGUGGAAAAGUAGUAGAUGUGCGUUUGGGCUUUGAGUAUCCUGGCCGUAACAAGGGCUACUGUUUUGUCGAGAUGCAAAAUACGGCCGAAGCCGCACGAGCAUAUAGUCUUCUUGGCCAGGUGCGGAUCAUGCAUCCUUCCAACCGUGGCCAGGUGAAGAACUUGAGAAUUGAAUCUUCCAAAGAGGGCUUCAGCAAGUCUACAGUCCGGUCGGAAUCCAAGCCGGUAAUGGCUCUAGACAGACAGCACUUGCCCCCAUAUGUCCAGAUACCUCCCGAAAUGGCGGCCAAUGGUCCACCAGUAGCGCCCAACAACGUGAUACAAACCACGAACAUGAACCAAGUGAGCCAAAGUCAAAGUCAAAGUAUGAACAUGAACCAGAAUCAAAACCAGAACUACGCACCAGCCUCCGUCAAUUCUGCUCCUGGCGAAACAUCUAUGCCGCACAAAUAUACCCAGGCUUCGAAGAUCUUGCCUCAGCCAGCACAGCUUCCCUUUGGAGUGCCAGACAAAAUCAACGACACACUCAGUAAAAUUCCCCCAGCACAACUUGUAGAACUUAUAGCUUCUCUUAAGAACAUGUUGAGCGGUCCAGAUGCCCUGAGAGCAUACGAGGUGUUUCUGUUGUCCCCGUAUUUGGCCACUGCUGCUGCUCAAGCUCUUUUGCUAAUGGGAUUUAUAGACGAAGAAGUGAUUAGCGAUUCCAUGAAAUCUGCUUCAGGAACUCCAGCACCACAACAGCCACCUCUUCCACCUCCUCCGCCACCUCAACAACAGUACAAUCCACAGCAGCUGUACCAGAACACUGGCUAUAAUAACUCAUAUCCUUCACAUUCUUCUACACCGCAACCCCCUGCUCAUUGGCGUGGAUUGCCUCAGAAAGCUAUAAGUAAGUUGAUGGCGAUGCCGCAAGACCAAGCUGACUUGAUAGCCCAGGUGUUAACUCUUCCCCCGGACCAGAUCGGCUCGUUGCCUCCAGAUAAGCAGGCGAUGGUGACGAGCUUGAGAUCACAGUACUUGUAA